GUGGAGCCAAUGAGCUGGGACCGGAUACGAUAUAUCCUCUGGGACAACAACUUCUCUGUUCCCCCUCACUUCCACAUGACGCCAUUUACUGCAUAAACCCGACCUCCUCCGGAAAGAAGAAAAAAAUAAGACGAGAAAAAACUUGAAAGCACCUCAGUGUGCAAAGCAGCCAAACAUUCAAUAACCACAACGUCGGUUCUUGAGAACAAUCCAUCACGCAUGCCACUGUGCGCGUUUCAAUAUCGAUGAGCGAUUUUGUAGAUUUAGCUACAUUUCACAUCGAGUUUGCUAACGCCUCGCUUGCGGAAUAUAUUUAGCUAACAUUCGCUAGGUACUUUUAUAGCAGAAAGUAGAUAACGAGCUAGCUAACUAGCUAGCUAAUGGCUUUAUUCUCUGCUGCUGUGUACGUCCACGUGUUCACUUGAAAGGAAUACGUUUGAAAAUAUUUUUCAUGCAAAAAGUGGAUCGGCACUAAUUACUGGAAGAAAAUUAUUCAGCUGCAUUUUGCGGAGGAGCUGCCAGUUUCUUCAUUAAGUUGUUUUUAAGGCAAAGAUCCCGUUUUUGGAGUUACCUUGUUAGCAACUUCUACUCAAAACAAAAAGGAGGGUGGCAGCAGUGUGAGCACGGACUUCAGAUGUGUUCAAUGCCUGCAGGAGAGAUCCCUCUUCAGAUUAAACAUGGAGACAAGAACUCAGAAUGGCAAUGGGUCUCCUGGCUUGCUGCACGCUCUCCAUGACAGCGGGAGGCAGCAUGUUGGGGAUUCCGAUCCCAGGGAGGCCUUGAGCCAGCAGGUCCAGGUGCUCUCGCUGGAUCAGAUUCGGAUAAUCAGGAGUACCAAUCAGUACACAGAAGGACCUAUGGUGGCGCACAGACCGGGGAGUAAACAGGUCGGCACUUUGUCGACCUCCCAGCAGAAAAUGGAGCCAGCUGAGGACCUGUUGAUCGAGCAGGAGCAGCAGAGGUCCGUUCCGAGAGGGCACAGCCACCAGCACCACCAGCACGUGCACACUUCUCCCACCGCUUUCACCAGGUCGGUGAGUACAGCGAGCGCCGGCUCCCGGAGUAGCACGCGGAUGAGCACCAGCAGCACGUCUUCCGAGCACAGGCUCCUGGAGAGCUCCCACUCUGAGCGGAUUAUCAGGACGCAGCCCAAGCUCUCGGAAGUCGCGGUGGAGAAGCUGAAGGCCUCCGUGGAGGAGGAGUCGGGAAAGCACGCAUACCGCUGCGAGGAGUGCGGGAAGUGCAAGUGCGAGGAGUGCACGUGCCCUCGGACCCUGCCCUCGUGCUGGUUCUGUGCCCGGCGCUGCGUCUGCUCGGCGCAGAACGUCCUGGACUACAGCACGUGCGUCUGCUGCGUCAAGUGCCUUUUCUACCACUGCUCGAGCGACGACGAGGACGUCUGCACGGACAAGCCCUGCUCCUGCAGCCAGUCCCACUGCUGCGUGCGCUGGUCUGCCAUGGGCGUCCUGUCCAUCUUUAUGCCUUGCUUGCUGUGUUACCUUCCAGCAAAGGGGUGCCUCAGCCUGACCCAGUGCUGCUACGACCGUGCCAGGCGACCAGGCUGUAGGUGCAAAAACACCAACAUUGUCCACUGCAAAAAUGCUGAAAAGCUAACGUAAGGCGAGCACCUUAAAUCCGAAUAGGAUUUCAUCAUCAUCAACGGCAACGGUUAUUAACUUUAGUUCUGGCACUGUAGUACAAGGUGGGAUGGGAGUGUACAUAGCUGUUUGUUUGGAGUGGUUCACGUUGUUUUUUUUUUUUUUUCCAGCUACAAUUUUUUAACAAGGGAGGUUUGUGGAGAAGUCAUUUUCUGACACAGAUUCAGAAUGUUAAUCGUACAGACUAUUAAUACAACUGAUAAGCUACAGCUACAAACUUUCCUUACCAACUGUUUGUGAGUAGUAUUUCCAGAAUAUGUAAAUUAGCUGACUUUUUUUGCCAGAGAAGUUUUAUUUUUGUAUAUAUACAUUACAACUGUGAAACAUUGUGCCAACCCAGAGGCAACUUGAUUGAAAAAGUGUGUGUGUGUGUGUGUGUGUGUGUAUAUGUAUGCAUUUAUGUACACACAUACUAAUGUUGUACAUUCAUUUGAAUGUAUAUCAGUCAGGUAGACUACCUUGCAUGAAACUUAUCCCCUCAAAUAUACAUGCAAAUUGUACAGUGAGCCUAAGAAAGUCUAUUUUCUAAAUUUUCAGCAUAUUGUCUAGUGUAAAGUAUAUUUAUUUGAAGUUUUAUUAUUUUAUAAAAAAAAAAAUAUUUAUUUUGAGAGACAUCUAAAACUUUGCCCUGUUUUAAAGUAUACUUUUGUGGUUGCUGAAAAUGAGGGUGACAAGGGUGUCAGGCCUGAUGCAUAUGUUCACUAUAAAAUAGAAAAUAUAUUAAUGUUUGAAAGUAGA